CCCUGCCCGCCCGCCAGGUAGAUAGCUAACCCGCUCGCCGCGGGUGGCGCCGGCGGCGGCAAGAACGACCCCGACAGCGACAGGAUCUCGAACCUCCCGUGCAGAUUCACCGCCGCCGGAACCCCCGCGGCCCCUGGCUGCCGCAGCGUCACGUUGACCACCGUCCCGCUACCGCUCAGGAUGCAGACUCCUCUCUGCCGGCGACGCGCGAAAGCGGAAACGCUCUCCACCACGUCGCAACCCCCGGCCACCUCCAUCACGUGCGACCGUAGCGUGUUGGCGCUGUCGCGCGUGAUGAUGAUCGGCGGCUUCGGCUUGUUUUUCGAACCGGCUGGUCGUCCGCGGGGACGGCGCAUAUUAUCGGCGCCGCCGCCGCCACCUUCACCUGCUCCGCCGGAGGUGGUGGGGACAAGUUCCUUGCCGUCACCUCCGCCAUUGUUACUGCCGUCGUUGUUACUACCCCCAUCGUUGAUCCCCUCAUCAAGCUCGCGUUUUUUCCCGCGGUGGAAGCUUGCGCCGAUGCUGUUGUUAUGAUCUUCCUCAAUUUUCAACUGCUGCUGUUGCUGUUGCUGGUGAAGUUGCUGGAAGUGGUGCAGAGGAUUGAAGUCUCGGGCAUGGAAGGGAGGAGGAAAGUGAUGUGUGAUUGGAUCCAUGGCUUUGCACUCCUGAUCUCCUUAAUUAAAUUCGAUUACUUUAGCUCAUAAAACAAAUUGAGACUUGCUCCCGCCGGUAAUAUCCAACCCAAGAAAUGGAACAGUGCAGGCGAAGCAAACAGGGAGGUGUAGAGAUUAAUCAAAACAAAGGCCAGUGGGAGGAAAACAUUGGCUUAAAAAAGGAAAAAGGAAGGCGGCGCCUUGUCUCCCCCUUUCCUCCCUCAUUUCUGUACUAUAAUAGUACACUUUAUAGCUCACAAAAGCUGCUAAAAUGGAAGGGAGCUCACCCCGCACCUCUCCAUCGUUUCAGCUCCGAAGGUGUUUGUUCAGCGACCUACAGGAAGAGGCGUGGGAAGGGUGGAGUUGCAGGAUGAGGUGGGUUAGGGUUGGAAGUGAAGCAGGUCAAAGGAAGGAUCGAAGGAGAGGAGGAAGAAAUGCAUGGGCGUGAUGGCGAUCUCCACGUAAGAGAAGGAUGCGCUCGAGGCUGUGAUUGGCCUCCUCCAGUGGUCCUCGUUCCCUGCCGUUCACCAGAUCCCGAGACAGCGUGGCUCCCACGUUUUGGAAUCCACCGUGUGCAUGACAGCAGUUUGUGGUCCUAUUCCUCUCCGCCCUUCCGCGCUUACCCAACCUACACCUGCGUCGCAGACCUGUGGGGCCCGUCGAGUCCGACGCGGGUGUUCGUGGAGAGUGGGCGGUAUACAAGGAGAAUCCAUUGGGAGUCGCACUGCACCAUGUGUCUCGCUCUUCGUAUUGAAUAUGUCCAGCGAGGUCAGAGUUUGUCGCGCGAGAAGGCCGCGCGGAUCUCGAGGGGACCCAAGCGACCCGUCCGGGAACGGCCCCACGAGGCCUCGGCCGCGUCGACGACCGGAUCGUGGCCGUCCGCCCGUCGUCAUUCCGCGUUCGAGACGGAACAAGCUGUAUCCGGCAUCCGGCCGGGAGCCCCGGCCACCGCCGCGACGUGCUUACGCAGAAGCCAUGCACGCCUCCGCGUCGGAGGACAACGGGCCGCCGAGAACGUCGGCGUCGGAGUCGGCGUGACGUCAUCUGUCGCAAUGAGCGUGCAUGAGCACUGCAGGCGCAGCUCUGAUCGAGAGUCACUUUCAGGUACGAUUUCUGGAUGCAUGUUGUCGUGAUGGAAAAGGAAAGUGAAGUUGUGAGUGUAGCCAUGGCCAAGGCUGGGGCAUGUAAUCGCCAGAUACGACUGAAGACGUAGGGGAUGGGCGUGCGUGCAUGGGAGUGUGCAAGGCUCGAGACUGAUUCGAUGCGACGGUGAAGUAGCUUGAUUUAUUUACCUGCCAUUGAUGUUGACCCAGAAAUGGGAGCCAAAUGACAACCUUGUGUCAUCUGCGAAAGGAGAGGACAGAAGUUGUUUGCGGAUCCCAUUCCUUCCGAGUUUUUAGUUGGUGAUUUCCCUUUCUUUUAUAUAUAAAUAUAUUUUUAAAAAAUAUAGUUCUCAUUAAUUUUUCGAAAGGAUUUGUGUCUCUGAGAUUGAUCUUGACUAAGAAAUGGUGUAAAAUCGACAGAUAUGUGUCAUCUGUGAAAGGAGAGGACCGUAGUGGU